AAUAUUGGGAAAAUUAGAUAUGUCCGAGAGAUUACUCAAAUGGGCUAUCGAACUAGGCGAGUUUGACAUACAAUACCAAGCAAGAGUAGCUAUUAAGGCACAGACAGUAACAGAUUUUGUAACAGAGCUCACGGCACUCGAGGAAGAAGUAGCACCUUCACCAACACUAGGGCAUGUGCCCGUCUUGCCUAACGUAGGGCGCCCAACCCUUGACUCACGUAUGCCUAAUGCCUCACUGAGACACCCAACUCCUCCCUCUACCCCACCAGGGCACCUAGAUCAUGCUUCUACCUCACCAGGGCACCUAAGCCUCCAGUGCCUUUGCCAACACCAGGGCCUGUGCCCACCUUGCCCAAUGCAAGGUGCCCAACCCCUGCCUUACGCAUGCCCAGCUCCUCCCUUUGCCUCACCAAGGCGCCUAACUCCUCAUUCUACCUCACUAGGGCAACAAAGCCUCCAGCACCUCCACUUCACCAGGGCGCCCAGCUCCUUCUUCCACCUCAAUAGGGUGCCCAAGCCUCCAACCCCUUCGCUAGUACCAGGGCCUGUGUUUGCCUCGCCCAACACAAGGAGCCCAGCCCUUGCCUAA